AAUAAAUCGCCCUACGGUAGAAUUUUAUUUAAAAAAAUUGUUUUUAUAAUAAGUUUUUUAAAAUCAUAAGAUAAUUUGAUAUAACAAAUAAUGAAUUUAAACUUAAUCUUAUGUUUAACGUUGAACUUAGUUCUAUCAGAAGUGUUGACUUUUUCAUGUAACUGUGCUCGAUCGAAUUCAGUAUUAGAAACCGAAGAAGGAGCUUUAGAAACUGAAAAUGAAGGAUUAGAAACUGAAGAAAUUUGUACUAUUUGUCAAAAUAAUCUUUCCUCAACAAUCAGAACUCAUGAUUGUGGUAACAAAUUUCAUAAAUAUUGUCUUGAUAAAUGGGAAUACAUGAGUCCACUUCAUGAUUGCCCUAUUUGUCGUGUAUCAUUAACUAAAGCGUGUAGUUUUUGUGAUAAAUCAGUUAUGGCAGAUAGUAGAUUUAUUUAUCAUACAAGAUGUUGUAAAGAAAGGUUAUGUUACUACUGUUGUAUGCGUUGCGUAUGCGCUUGGAAUUCCAAAUGUAAAAAAUGUGGAAUAUCAAAUGAAAAAGGAGUUCCAAUAAAAGUAUCCACUAUACCACUUCCGUGUAGAAUUUGUUAUAAAAGUCCAGCGCGGAUGAGUAUGUCCUCGAAGUGCAGACAUUGGUUUUGUAAAGAGUGCCUUAAAAAUAUUUUAAAAGAGCAAAAUAAGUGUCCAUUCUGCUAUGAAUAUUUUGAUAAUCGAAACAUAUAAGUUGUUCACACGCGAAUAUAUAAGAUUAUAUUUAUGAAUAAUAGCCAAUAAUAAAAUAAUAAAAAAAAUAUUAAAGUGAUAUAUUUUAUUAUACAAGCAUUUCAUAUACGUUUGUAAAAUAAAGUUGUUAAGUUCUUUAAGUAUUUUAUAAAAA